CACCCAAAAAAAAAAAAAAAAAAAAAAAUCGAUUUAAGUCUCUAGAGUUCUAACAAAAUUCCAGACCCAAAUCCCCACACCCCAAAAUUCUCAACCAUCCUCCCAUCCAUUUUAUCCCGACUAAUAACCAUCUCCCCUUCAUCGAUGUUCUCAACCCAAUUCGUCCUCACCUUUUCCCUCCUCCUUUCCCUCCCAAUCCUCUUCCUCCUCGCCCCUCGUUUCCUCCCUCCGCGCCGCCCUUCCGUCCCAAUCCCUCUCCCCGACGAGCUCGACGACCUCUCCCUCUUCAACCGCGCCGCCUCUCUCUCCGGCCCCUCCAACACAUUCUCCCACCUCUCCUCCAAAAACCCCAAACUCAAGAUCGCUUUCCUCUUCCUCACCAACUCCGACCUCCGCUUCGCCCCUCUCUGGCAACAGUUUUUCGAAAAUGCCCCUGCCAAAAACCUCUACAACGUGUAUGUUCACGCCGAUCCUUCCGUCAACGUCACCCGCCCUAAGGGCACCGUCUUCGAAUUCCGCUUCAUUCCGGCCAAGAAAACCUACCGCGCCUCCCCGACGCUCAUCUCCGCCACCCGCCGCUUGCUCGCCACCGCCGUCAUCGACGAUCCGGCCAACGCGUUCUUCGCCGUGCUGUCUCAGUACUGCGUCCCUCUGCACUCUUUCCAGUACGUGUACAGCUCGCUCGUCACCUCCACCACCUUCGAUCUGACUCAGUCUCCCUCCGAGUCGGCUCAGUACGGCGGGGUGCGCCUCAAGUACAAGAGCUUCAUCGAGAUCAUCUCCAAGAACCGGUCGCUGUGGAAGCGGUACGCCGCGAGAGGCCGGUUCGCGAUGAUGCCCGAGGUCCCGUUCGAGAAGUUCCGGGUCGGGUCGCAGUUCUUCGUGGUGACGCGUAAGCACGCGCUGGUUGUGAUCAAGGAUCGGACUCUGUGGAGGAAGUUCAAGCUUCCGUGUUACCGAGAAGACGAGUGUUUCCCUGAGGAGCACUAUUUUCCGACUCUGCUAUCAAUGGCGGACCCCAAUGGCUGCACCCAUUACACUUUGACAAAGGUCAAUUGGACCGGUACGGUCAAUGGUCACCCGUACACGUAUCGCCCACCCGAAAUUUCGGCCGAGUUAAUAUAUCGGCUGCGUGAAUCCAAUUUUUCCGAGUCGUACUUGUUCGCCAGGAAAUUCACUCCUGAUUGCCUGAAACCCUUGAUGGGUCUCGCCGAUUCGGUCAUUUUCCGCGACUGAAUGAAAUUUUUCGGUGAAAAUGGCCAAUUGUUAAAAGUUUUUUUGACUUGUUCCGGUGGGGUAUGGUUUUGAAGCUGGCGCUAAGUGCCUUCAAAGUACAACCAAUGUGAACCCAGAAGGUCCAAAGUCACGGACAAAUGUAAAAGGAAUCAAAAAGAAAUCAAAGGAAAAGAGAUACCUGUGAAAGAGUAAGAGAAAAGCAGGUACUUUUCUUUAAAGUGUAUUGUGAUGGUGUAAGAGUAGUACUAUUAUGGUAAUAGUAGUAGUACUAUGAGUAAAUGUAGAUUUUAGUCCAUUUGUGAUGUGUUUUUUGUACAUAUGUAGCAAUGGAUUAUAACAUAUCCACAUGUAACUUAGGGAGGGGAAGGAAAAAAAGAAGAAGGAUUUAUAUAAUAUAUUUAUAUAGAACCAAAUUGUUCUUGAUGGUGGGGAAGUUAGCUAUUUUGGGUGGGGAAAAAAAAAAUACUCAAAUAGUGCCACCCAAAACUUAAGGUUCAAUUUAUGAUGAUAAUGUGAGGGAACAAUAAUUGGCUUUAUUUUACAGCCGGGUGAAAUGUAAAAAUCAAAGCCGGUUUUGGCCAUUUGUUCCUUCCUUCUCUUUGGAUUCCCCAUAUCCCAUUUUUUUCUUUUUGGCUCCUUGUACAAGACAGAGAGAUGCUAGGAUCAUUGUGUACUAUUUAUAAUACAAUUUCUCUAUAAAAAAAAAAAAUGUAAUGCUGAAAGAAAUGAAAAGGAGAAUUUUGUCUCUCUA